AUGGAGGUCGGGAAUGGUAGAAGUAUCUCCUUUUGGUUCGAUAUGUGGUCUGACAAAGGUAUCUUAUAUGAUCUGCUGGGGGAUCGGGGGAUUAUCAGUAUGGGUAUAAGAAGAGAAGCCACUAUAAAAGAAGCUGUGUCUAUAGGUGCUAGAAGGAAACGUAAGCACAUGUCUGAGGUGCUUAAUGACAUUGAAACAGAGAUGAGUACAGUUAAGGAGAAGCUGAAUCAUACCGUCAAGGAUGUAAACCAUUGGAGAUGGAGAAGAGGUUAUGAAGCUAAGUUCUCGACCCAAGAAACCUGGCUGCUUCUCCGAGAACCUUCUGCGCAUUGCUCCUGGGCAAAAAGAGUUUGGUUUGCUAAAGGGACGCAAAAAUUUGGGUUUAUCACUUGGCUAGCGGUGUUAAAUAAAUUGGCUACUAUGGAUAGGGUAUCCUCUUGGAAUCCAAGUGUUGAUACGACUUGUGUUCUCUGCAAAGAUGCAGUGGAGUCUAGAGAUCAUUUAUUUUUUGAGUGUUCUUACUCUGCUCAGCUCUGGAAACACUUAACCCUUGGGAUUCUUCGGGGUACUUACUCUUCCUCCUGGUCUGCUAUGGUUUCGCUGAUUUCAGGAAGUAUCAAGGGGAAGAUAAGAGCAUUUUGUAUCAGAUACUCAUUUCAAGUGGCUGUUUACUCUUUAUGGAGGGAGAGAAAUAGCAUAAGACAUGGGGAGAAGCCGAAGGCUAUUUCAUUAAUGAAGAAGCUGGUUGAUAAAGAAGUAAAGAACAAGCUCAGCUUACUUAGUAGACAAAGAAGAAAAGGAAUGGAGGGGAGUUUACAAUAUUGGUUUAGUACUAGAGAUUAA